GAGGGCGGCAGAGAGACGAGUAAAAGCUGACGGUCGGCUUUGCGUCCACGGCUGAUGACGUUGUGUUGGCGCGACAACAAUGCGAAGGAGCUGUACAAGCUAGCAUGGUGUUCCGAUUUACUGGAAUAUUCUGAUCUCUGACUUUUGGCGAACAUGUCUCUGUAUGAUGAUUUGGGUGUUGCCACCAGCGAUGCAAAAACUGAAGGCUGGUCGAAGAACUUCAAACUGCUGCAGUCGCAGCUUAAAGUGAAGAAAGCAGCCCUGACACAGGCCAAGACGCAGAGAAUGCGGCAGUCAAAUGUCCUGGCUCCAGUUAUCGAUCUGAAGCGGGGAAGCAGUGUAGAUGACAGACAGAUCUCAGACACGCCUCCACACACAGCAACAGGGUUAAAGGACCCUGCACCUGCCGCCUUUUCUUCAAGCGAUGUCCUGAUCCCGCUCGCUGACGAGUACGAUCCCAUGUUCCCCAACGACUAUGAAAAAGUAUUAAAACGGCAGCGAGAAGAGCGGCAGAGGCAGAGAGAGCAGGAGCGGCAGAAGGAGAUAGAGGAGAGGGAGAAGAAGCGUAAAGAGCGUCAUGAAGGAGGAGCACCAAGCGGUUUCUCUCGCUUCCCUGCAGAGGCCGAGUCUGAUGAAGAAGAGGAGUAUGAGAAAGAGAAGAGGAAGAGAAAUAUGGGAGGAGCCGCAAUUGCACCUCCAUCAUCUCUAGUCGAGAAGGACUCAACGAUGUACUCGAAUGAAGAUGAAAGUCGUCAGCGUUCCAAAGCAGCGAUCCCUCCUCCUGUUUUUGAGGACUCUGAGAGACCACGUUCGCCUCCGGGACCCACCAGCUCUUUCCUGGCAAACAUGGGGGGGACUGUGGCUCACAAGAUUAUGCAGAAAUACGGCUUUCGGGAAGGCCAGGGCCUGGGCAAGCAUGAACAGGGGCUGAGUACCGCUCUGUCAGUGGAAAAAACAAGCAAACGGGGUGGGAAGAUCAUCAUCGGAGACUCGACAGAAAAGUCUGGAGUAUCCAGUCAAAAUGCAGCUGAUGUGCCUGGCUUUAUUCCAGCAGCAGCAGCAGAUGCGAAGAAGAAUGAUGUCAACCCCCUGACUGAGAUCCUCAAGUGCCCUACAAAGGUGGUGUUAUUGCGGAACAUGGUGGGAAGAGGAGAGGUGGAUGAAGACCUAGAGGCUGAAACUAAAGAGGAGUGUGAGAAAUACGGCAAAGUCAUCAAGUGUGUUAUCUUUGAGAUAUCAGAUGUGUCAGAUGACGAAGCGGUGAGAAUAUUCCUGGAAUUUGAGCGGGUCGAAUCGGCCAUUAAAGCCGUGGUGGAUCUGAACGGAAGGUAUUUUGGAGGUCGAGUGGUUAAAGCCUGCUUCUAUAACCUGGACAAAUUUCGUGUGUUAGACCUGGGAGAGACGGUGUGAAUCACACAUGCUGCUUAACAACCCUGACUUUCUGUAUGUGAGAAAUCCAAGAAAGAAAAAAAGUUGACCCUCCUUUUUGUACAUAGAAUGGAUGAUUUUUUUUAUUUUUCAUUCUCAUUUGUUUGAUUAACAUUAGCAUAUUUAACCUGUAUCAUGAAAUAUUUUCUUUUUUUAUGUGUCAUCUGAUUCCCUGUGUCUCCAGUUCAGUGUGAAUUAUGGUGUCCAUUACGGUGAACAUCUCAUUCUCUGAACGACUUUGAAUAAGAAGCAGAGUGUGUUGUAGAAAGCAGGAAAUAAACAGUCAUUUAGAAACCUA